CAACAUCUCUAAAAACUCUUCUAAUUUUGGCUUCGUCAUUUUAAAAAACCGCCUCACCCAAGGCGGUGGUGGUUGGUUGGGCAUUUUUACACAAAAUUUCUUUUCAAACUUUUUUACUUCACCCACUAUUUUAUAUUUUUAAUUUUUAUACAUAACUUAAGUAAACUAUAAAUUAAGCCAAAAUUGAUUUUAUCAUGGAUCAUGCGGUUAAAGCUACACGUGGUCGUCCCUGGAAUACACUGCGUUUUGAAAAUGAUGAAUUAGAGUGUUUGUAUCAACGUUAUACGUUGAAAUUGCAACGUUUCUCGGUGCUGGGUGUAGUGGCUUUGGUUGUGGUGCUAUGUGGUGUUAUGGCAGCUUUAUCUUUAGCUUAUAAUAAUGCUCCUACAUUUCAUAAUGUCUUCAAUUCAUUUGUGUGCCUGUUAUUUGCCAUAAUUUUAAUAUUGUUACAAUGUCGCGUGAUCAAAGAUCAUCAUUUACCCUGUCUGUGUUAUGGUAUUUUAUUGUUUACUGCUGCCAUUUGUAUUGUAUCGAUGCCAACAUUAGGUUCCGUGUUUCCGGUGGAUACCAAAGAGGUCAUGGCCGAAGGUGUUUGGCAAAUAGUAUUUGUGGUCUUUUUGGCGUAUGCCAUGAUGCCAUUACAAAUCUGGGAAGCUGUUUGUUUUGGCAUAAUCCUACCAUUGGUGCAUAUUAGUUUAACUGUAUAUAAAAUAUUUACGGAUUCAUUUCGUUAUUUGGAAUAUAAUCAGCUUAUUGCCAACAUUGUUAUGUUUAUUGGUGUUAAUGUGGCCGGUCUUGUGGUCAACAUUAUGAUGGAACGUGCCCAAAGGCGGGCAUUUCUAGAUACACGCAAUUGUAUUGCCGCUCGUCUAGAGAUACAGGAUGAAAAUGAGAAAUUGGAAAGACUACUAUUGUCGGUACUACCUCAGCAUGUAGCAAUGCAAAUGAAAAAUGAUAUACUCUCACCGGUGGCUGGACAAUUUCAUCGGAUUUACAUACAAAAGCAUGAAAAUGUUAGCAUUUUAUUUGCGGAUAUUGUUGGCUUUACUGUAUUGUCCUCACAGUGUAGUGCACAGGAAUUAGUAAGACUGUUGAAUGAACUUUUUGGUAGAUUUGAUCAAUUGGCUCAUGACAACCAUUGUUUACGUAUUAAAAUCUUAGGAGAUUGUUAUUAUUGUGUAUCGGGUCUACCCGAACCACGUAAAGAUCAUGCCAAAUGUACAGUUGAAAUGGGUCUCGAUAUGAUUGAUGCUAUAGCUUCGGUUGUCGAGGCUACCGAUGUCAUGUUAAACAUGCGUGUCGGCAUUCAUACGGGUCGUGUUUUAUGUGGAGUUUUAGGUUUACGUAAAUGGCAAUUUGAUGUCUGGUCCAAUGAUGUAACAUUGGCCAAUCACAUGGAAUCGGGUGGUGAACCGGGUAGAGUGCAUGUAACACGUUCCACUUUAGAUGCUUUAUCCGGUGAAUAUGAGGUAGAGGCGGGACAUGGUGAUCAAAGAUCAUCAUAUUUAAGAGAUCAUGGUGUUGAUACUUAUUUUAUAGUACCACCACCCCACAGGCGUAAGCCUUUAAUGUUAAAUACUUUAGGUGUCCGUUCAGCUAUUGGUUCUCGUCGUAAAUUAUCAUUCCGUAAUGUUUCGAAUGUGGUCAUGCAAUUGUUGCAUACCAUUAAAUUUUCCGAACCAGUGCCUUUCUCAAAUAUAGCCACUGGUUCUUUUCCCUCCUCGGCUGGCAGUGGCGGUGGUAGGGGCAGUACAGCAGGCGGUGAAAAUCAAUUGGAAAAAAGCACUAGAAAGGAUGCGGUAAUACGUCUACAAAAAAUCUUACAUGCUCCAACACCACCAGGUGGCGGUGUUACCAUUCAAGUAGGAACAACUUCUAAUUCAACUUCGAAUACGAUUAGUCGCAUUCAUAGACAUAAUAAUCACAAAAAUAAAUCCAAAGUAACCGAUAAAUUUAAGAGACCCUUUCGCAAGCGUCACUCUUCGGUUCAUCAUCAGCCGACGAAUCGUGUAAAUCGUUUUCUUUCGCAAGCUAUAAAUGCCCGUUCGGUGGAUUGUGAUAAAUCUGAACAUGUGGAUCGUAUAACAUUAAAAUUUCGUGAGAGUGAUAAGGAACGGGAGUAUCGUAAAGAUUUCGAUUUAGGUUUUACAACAGCUAUGGGCUGUUCUCUUUUACUGUUGAUAUUGGGAGCAGCUUUACAAGUUACCGCUUUGCCCAGGACAUUGAUUUUAUUGUUAUUAUUUUUAACGGCAUUUGUAUGGGUUAGUGCUGUAUUAAUGCUUUUGCUGGCGGUACGUUUGAAAUGGAUCAAUUGGGAUUUAUCACAAAGUUUUACUUUGCGUAUGGCCAUAACAAUAUUUACAGUGAUUUUGAUUUACUCAGUGGGUCAAGUGAAUGUGUUUACCUGUGUUUCGGAUCAUCCCUGCUCGAGUAAUAUUACUACAGCGGCUCCUACUUUGGAGGAAGAUUUGCUAAUGAUGGCCCAUCAAAGUGAGGCUCAUCGUAAAUGUUCUCUACCCCAAUAUGUUUCACUAUCAGCCACAUUUGCUUUACUAUCGGUUUCGGUAUUCUUAAGGUUACCCAUUAUAUUUAAAUCUUUGCUGGUCAUAAUGAUGGGUGUCAUUUAUAGUUUAUUUAUUGAACUAUCUCACACAAAUAUUUUUGAUUGUUAUGACAGUCGUGUCAACGCCUCGAUUCCACUUCAUUUAAUCUCAUUGGCUCGUAUUUUAAUUUUUAUGAUUGCCAUCCUUGUACAUGGUCGUUUAGUUGAGUGGACAGCAAGGUUAGAUUUUCUGUGGCAAUUGCAGGCAUCUCAAGAGAAAAAGGAAAUGGAUGUUUUGCAGGAGUCGAAUAAAAGAAUAUUGCACAAUUUGCUGCCAGCCCAUGUGGCUGCACAUUUUCUUGAUAAUCAAUUUCGCAGUAAUAUGGAACUUUAUCAUCAAAGUUACGCCAAGGUGGGUGUAAUAUUUGCCAGUGUGCCAAAUUUUCAUGAAUUUUAUACGGAAAUGGAUGGUUCCGAUCAGGGUCUAGAAUGUUUACGUCUGCUUAAUGAAAUUAUAGCAGAUUUUGAUGAGUUACUAAAAGAAGAACGUUUUCAUGGUAUUGAUAAAAUCAAAACUGUGGGUAGUACUUAUAUGGCUGUUGUAGGUUUAAUACCAGAAUACAAAAUCAAUCCGGUGGAUCAAAAUUCGGUAAGACGUCAUAUGACCGCUUUGGUGGAAUAUGUCAAGGCUAUGCGCAUGUCUUUGCAGGAAAUAAAUAGUCAUUCCUAUAAUAAUUUUAUGUUAAGAGUUGGCAUUAAUAUUGGGCCUGUGGUGGCUGGCGUCAUAGGAGCCCGUAAGCCUCAGUACGAUAUUUGGGGCAAUACAGUUAAUGUGGCCAGUCGUAUGGACUCGACUGGCAUACCCGGUUAUACACAAGUUACCCAAGAAGUCGUAGACAGUCUGCAGGGCUCACAUUUUGAGUUUAAAUGUCGCGGCACUAUUAAGGUUAAAGGUAAAGGUGAUAUGAUCACCUAUUUCCUUAAUGACAACUCCAGCAGUGGCCUCAAUGGUGAAGUACGUAAUGCCAUGAUUGGUAAUCGGCCAUCCUUUGGUCAGCUGCCACAAACCCAACUGGCCAGCCAAUUACAAACUACCGAGUAUUAUCAGAAGCAGUCACAAUAUCAAGACAACAACUAUCAUGUUAAUAUGAAUUCCGAAACUUAUAAUGUUAAAAAAGAUUUCGGUUUCAAUAAUAUGGAACAUGAGGGUAAUAAUGUCUUGAUUAAGGCCAACUCUAUGAAUGAAGAACAACAGUUAUUGCUGCAACAUAUGCAGCCACAACAUCAUCAACAUCACUUGCAGCAGCAGCAACAGCAAAGAAUGAAUAGUAAACUGCAGAAGCAACCGUUUCUUGCCAAUGGUGGAUUGCCGAAUAUACAUGAGAAUGGUCAUAAUGGUGAACAUAAUGGUAAUGAGCAUAAUGGUUUCACUAAUGGUUACAACAAUUAUCCAGGUGGAGGCGGAGGAGGCGGUGGCAAUGGUUUCUCACAGCAACAACAACAGCAGCAGCAGCAGCAACCGACAGCUGCUCAGCAUCAGCGUCAACAUUCUUCUAGUUCUAUGAGCAGUAUGGGUUUAAAUCCUAAUUCCAUAACACAACAACAGCAACAACAACCUUUACCUCAACCACCUUUACCACUACCACCACCUCCUCUAACAUCAUCUACAUCAGCAAUGUCCAAUGUACCACCCGCCCUACAACAACAUCAUCAACUCCAAAAUCAACAACCAGCAUCAUCCCUGACAUCAUCAUCGCAACAACUACAAAUGCAUGAUCCUUACGCUCCGCUGGAAAAUUUCAAUAAUUUGUUAUAUGGUGCCGCUAACGGUGGUAAUGGUAAACGUGAACAAAUGCAUGCAUCCUCCAUCCAUACAACAACUACAACAAAUCUAACUACUACUUGUACUACUACACCAACUUCUACUACUUCUACUACUACUGCAUUAAAUAAUUAUCAUCAUUAUUUGUAUCAGCAUCAUCCGGCAAUGCAACAGCAUCAUCAUAAUCUUAAUAAUCAUCUAUCACAUCUUAAUAAUUAUCAUCAUCAACAACAACACCAACAACAUAAUAAUAAAAACUAUCAGCAACAACCGACACAACAGCAAACAUCAUCGUUGUCCUCUUCGCCCAUUUUGACUCACAACAAUUCGAAUAAUCAUUUCAACAAUUAUCACAAUUGUCGCGAAAGUGAACCGUUGUUGCUUGCCACACAAGUGGCCAAGAUAAUGCCCAUGCAACAUCAUCAGCAAAUGCAUCAUAUUCCCAAUAAAUAUGAACCACCACGUUAUAUGUGUCCCAAUAAUUUGUUUAUACAACAACAGCAACAACAACAACAACUCCAACAGAAUUACCAGCACUACCAACAACAGCAGCAACAACAAUAUCCUCUCUACUCCCAACAACCACAACCUCCUCUACCAGCCCUACCACCCAAACCUGCCACCUUAACAACGAGUCUAAAACAGAAUACACCUCUUCUACGAUCAUACAUGAAGCCUCUACCGAAGCUACCAACUGAACUGGAAGAGAGUCGCGAAAUGUCUUCCACAGAUGAUUUAAGUUCACGACCUCAUUCGCCCUCAAUGAGUUCGUCCGACGAAAGCUAUUCCAAAACCACCGAGGGAGAGGGUGAAGAAGACUCACCUCGCAUAACAGCAACUAAUAAUCUUGUCACCCGUAAUGGUGGCAAUCCCUUACAAUGGCUUUAUCCCUGUGACAUACAAGUGGAUCCCACCUCACCUGUCAUCGAUAUGUCCAAUCUAAAAGAUUUCGAAGUGAGCUCCACAACAGAAAGUCAGGGUCAGUAUACUACCACAACGCAAAAUAAGGGAGACUCUUGUAAUAGUUUUGAAUAUCAAGAUCGUUUAGUAUUGGCCCAAGGCAAACAGGGUAAUGCUAAUGGUCAGACAUCGGUUAGUGGCAAUCAAAAUGCCACCAAAUCACCAUUUGAGAGGGAAUUGCAAAGACUUUUAAAUGAAUCCUCUAGAGCUAGAGGUUUAGCUACAACAACACACAAUUCAACAGCAGCCACAGCGUCCUCGUCGACGGGUGGCAAUAUAACAUCCGUAUCGGGGGGCAAUGCAGAAGGUGGCAACACCACCAGCAACAGCAGCAGUCGCAACAACAUAGACAUCAGCUACUCUGGCAGUAAUAGUAAAUUAAGUUCAAAUGGUCUGAAUGUGGCCGCUGGCAUUGGAGGAAGUGGUAGUCUGGGCAGUAAUGGUAACUUGAGCGGCAGUACUCCUCUCAGUGGCAACAAUAAUUUGAAGAAUGUUACCACAGCCAUGGCAGCCACUAUAUUGGAUGAAUUAAAUUCACCCACAACGGGAAGACAACUGGGAUCGAAGAUACCUGUGAGUACAAGCUUUAUGAUAGCCAAACAUCCGGUGGGGCUAGAGGCUAUAAAGGAGAUAACUAGAAAUAAAAAUCCUUCAGAAUCCAGUCAAAUGCAAACAUCCGACACCGAAUCAUGUGAAAUAUUACAUGAAACACGUAAUCAAUUAAAUUUGGCCAUGAUGGAUAUGACCAAUAAAUCUUCGACCUCUACUAAUGGUACAAACUACAACAAUUAUCCUCAGCAUAUACAAAAUCAACAGCAGCAACAGACACAACAACAGCAACCAAUUGCAACCAAAGAACAUAAUCAUCGUCAUCGUAUGCGACCACGUUCCAAAGAUUUCGAUCAAAGUCACGAAAGUCUUGAUCAAUUAGACGAUCCGGCGGAUAAUAAAAAUUCGCGCUAUAAUCGUCAUCAUCAUCACCACCACCAUCAUCAUCAUACAAAUCAUCAUGGUCACAAUCAUCAGCGACAACGGAACAAUCAUCAGCAUCUUGUCAAUAAUCACGAUGAAGAUGAACGUGACGAUACCGAAGAUAAUUUGGCCGAUGAAGAAUUUGAAGAUGAUGAAGUGGGACGUGAUGUACGUAAGAAACGUUUAGCGCAGCCCGACAUGGUCAAUAAUCACCAUCAUCAACAGCAGCAGCAGCAGCAACAAAAUCAUCAUCAACAUGGACCAUAUCAUAGUGAAGAUGAUUUAGACGAUGAGGAGGAUCAUGAAUGCGGUCCUGAGCAGGCUUUGGUCGGAGCUUUAUCGAAUGGUUUGAACGAUCAUCGCAACGAUUUAAUGGAAGCGAAUGUGAUAAAUGAUGAGCUCAAAUAUGGUGCCGGACAUCAUAAUCAUCAAUCGAUGGACUCGAAUCAUUUGGAAAGUCAAUCCGAGUGGUCGGAUGAUGAUUGUAGGGAAGAAGCUACAGGUGGUGCUGAAUCCACUGGCUAUAUCACCGAUGAACCGGGUUUGGAAAAUAUAUCUCUAUUAAAUGAGGCAGGUUUAACCGAUGCCGAAGGUGCUUUAUCCGAUGUCAAUUCUUUAUAUAAUGCCCCAGAUGUAGAUGAUACAUCUGUGUCCAGUCGUGCCAGUUCCAGACUAUUAAGUUUAGAUUCAUUAAGUGGUUUAUAUGAUUGUGAUAUGGAUUCAAAACAUGAAAUGGCCAUUGUAAAUGUAUCACAUAAAAUAACCAGUAAAUUUGGAACACCACAACAGCAGCAACAACAACAACAACAACACCAGCAAUCACAACAUCAACAACACCAACAGCAGCAACAACAAAGUUAAUUAAACCUUUAACGAUUACUUUAAUAAAUGCUAGUAUAUUUGAUAAGCAAGAGAAAAGAGAAAGUGAGCAACUCACCCAUAAACAACAUGCUCUCCUUAAAUUAGAAAUUAAGACAGAAAAAUUAAAAAAUUUUUUUCAAAAUCAAUUUUCCUUUAGAUGUAUGUGUGCAUAUAUUCAAAACCAAGAUGAUAUAAAGAAAACCUAAAAUUUAUUUAAAAAUGGUGUCUAUUAACAACUUAAUACUACUUAAUUAGAUGUGUAUGUGUUAAAUAUAUAUUUAAAGAAAAAAGUAAAAAUAAAUAAAGUAUUUUUUGAUAGCAGUAUAUUUAGAUUUAACCAAAAAAAAAAAAAAAAAUACACAAUUUAUCAAAAAGAUUAUAAAGUAAAUCUUCAUAAAAGGUACAUAAACUUUAAGUUAGCAAGUCAAGUCAAAGAAAUAUUUAAGUUAAUUAGAAAUUUUGAAUUGUUAAAGUAACUACUAAAAGGCAACAAUAUUGCUGCUGUAUACAUGUAUCUAAAUAUCUAAUGCUUUAUAAACAAUGCUUAAUUAAACUAAGUUUUCAAAAAUUAAAAAAAAAAAAAAAAAACAAACGAUAAAAUAUAAAACAAGAGAACCCCAUAAUUGAAAAUUGCGUUUAAAAAAAAAUUACAAAAAUAUUUCCAA